CUGUCCCUGCCGGACAGUUUCUUUCUUGUGUGGUAACGGAGAGACUGGGCUUGGAAAGGCGGUGGGGGCCCUUUUAGGGUGGAGGGGAAGCUGGAGGCGCUCUGGCUCCAAGCUUCCUAUUAGCGCUGAGAGACAGCCUAGACCGGAAACUACAUUUCCCAUCAGCGCCUGGGAGCUGAGCUUGUAAAGGUGGUGGGGCCCUGAGACCAAGUGUCCCUUAGGGGAAUCUGGAGGCGCUCUGCCUCCUGGGACUUGUAGUCUAAUCUUCCUAUUAGCGCUGAGAGGCAGCCUAGACCAGAAACUACACUUCCCAUCAUCCCAAAUCCUGGGCAGGAGCGGAGGGUCCUUUUAGGGUGGAGGGUAACCUGAGGGUAACCCAGGCCGCAGCCUACUCAGAUGGUGUAGCUUAGGCAGGGCAUGAUCCUUGAGCAAGUCACACUCUCUCAGCUUCAGAGGCUGGCCAAGGCCAACCCCCUUCUGAAGUAACAUUGCCCAGAAAACCCCAUGAUAGGUUCUCCUUAGGGCCACUGGAGACUUGGAGGCGCACACAACAACAACAACAACAACAACAGUGAUGCUGCCUCUCUUGCCCAGAUGUUGGCAGCUGGCAAUGGGGAUGCCAACAAGGCUGUUGAAACAUGGAGGCAUUGCUGGGCCAGAGUCUUGGGGAAGCCCCUGCCAGCAGCAACAGCAGCAGUUCACCUUCUUCUCAACCAGCCCUGGGCACCAAAGCCAAGGCCAAGGAGAGAGCCAGACUGAGGACCACAAAGCCCUCAAGGAGUGGGCCCUCACCGUCAGCCCCUUUGGCCUGCUGAAGGUGCGCCUCCCUUGCCACCUGGCUCUGGGGCCCCUGGACCCACACAAGCACCCCACAGCCGACCGGGUGUUUGUGGCCAUGAAGGGGCCGAACGCCGGCCCCCAUCACAAUCAAGGCCCAGGUGGUUUGCAAGUUGAAUAUAAUGAGGCCCUGAAGGAAGUGACCAUCGCCUCAGACCGCCUGGGCAGCGCGGCCUCAGUGGCUGUGAGAGUGCCCUUUAAGUUUGACUUGGAUAUCAAGAUAUCAGGAAAUGGCUCUGUGAAAAUUGAGAAAAUUGAAUGUGAUAGCUGCAGGAUAGAAACAGAGAGGGGAACUAGCAUUCUGCAGUCAAUAAAGAGUCAGAAGCUUGACAUCCAUGCCAAAGGAGGGAAAGUUAUCUGCUUGGGAACGAUUCAGGGAAAUGCUGAUAUUAAUGUCACAGAAGGAAGUAGUGUGAAUAUAGAAAAGCUACAAGGUUCAUCUAUUAAUAUUUCUACUAAAAAUGGUUUAAUAAAAACCAAAUAUCUUUAUGCAGAAUCUUCAUUUCUGUCUUCAGCAGCUGGUGACAUUCUGUUAGGAAACAUUCAUGGUGAUACAACCCUUCAGACUAAAACAGGAAACAUUACAGUUGAUUCAGCUGAUGGUUCCCUAAAGGCUUCUACAUAUCAAGGGGAAAUAGAUGUUUAUGUUGUUAGUCAAGUGGGAGAUGUGGAUCUGAAAUCUCAGAAUGGUGAUGUUACUGUCAAGGUACCUGUCACUCUUAAUGCUGAUCUGCAGUUAUCUGGAAGCAAGGUUGAGGUGAGCCCAGAAAUCCAUUGCCAGGAUAUCCAGAAAGUCUCCAGAGAAGGUUGCAUCAUUGUUACUGGUUGUAUAAAUCAAAAGGAGGAAAAAGGAAAACAUAUUAAAGCAGAGACACAAAAUGGCACAGUUAAUCUCAGAAGCCAGACCUGGUUCCAAUCGGUGAAGCUGAAAGCUGCAUAAUGGAGCCUCACCUUCAUCAAUCAAGGAGCAACAAAUACUGACUGGAUUAUGUUGAUACUACUUUGGAGUGAAUAUGUGGUUUUUUACCUAGUGUUUGUAUAUAAAAUGCACUGAUGCGUAUUAUGGUAUUUAAUGAUGUCUUUCCGACUUCAAACUACUACAUGUACAGAAAUAAUGAAAACAAUCUGAUCCUCCUAAUUUUGCUUCUCAUAAUUCUAAAUGGCAAAACAUUUAGCAAAUCCUAUAAAUUGAAACAAAAAUAUCCAUAAACAAUUGUCAACUUUUUAAAACCUGUGUGCAUUGUUCAGAACACCCCUUGACUGAAUGCAGUGACUGGAAGAUGUGGAACAAAAAUAUAAGGUCUGUUUUUCCUUCAAUUCAAUUUACCUUCAGCUGUGACUAAAUAAAUUUUAAAUAUAUUAUUCAUCCCA